AUGAAGCCGACGAAAAUCGCGGGUUUCUAUUCGCCGAGCGACCAGAAAUUGCACGAGCUUUCGGACUUUUCCCUCGGCUCGUCAUCGGAUUUUUUCGACUCUGAGGACGCGAAACAUCAAUUUUGUCUCAAAAACAAUACUUUGUUCAAAUUCAUCCCGGAGACCGGUUCAUUCACCCAGCUCGCAUCGCUUCCAAAGGGGACUUUUUUUGCUCGCUUUUUAGACGACUCAUUGCUGGCAGUGAAUGGCGAGUUGAACGUACGCAAUGAGAAAAGAGAAUGGAGAAGGGUUAAACUACGAAAACCGCCAAAAUAUUGCCCGCAUGGUGUGGCGUCGACGUCGAACGACAAAAUCUCGAUCAAAUCAUUGGUGCUCGGCUUCUCGACGUUUGUGAUUGUGGAUGAGAAUGGACAAUUGUGGACAUUUGAGAGGAAUUCGUUGCUCGACAAUGGAAAUACUUCAAUAACACCAAGAAGGCUACCGUUUAUGGGCGGAAUGAGAAAAUGCACGAGGAUCGUUGGGGGAAGAAAGCACUUUCUGGCGUUGGUGGUUCGUUCGGUUGCUGAACAAAAAGGCUUUGACUGUGAUGACAUCGAGGAUAAUAUUUCAAGGAAAAUUCAGAUGAAUGAGGUGAACUUUCAAAACUGUGACAAAUGCCAGGAGGACGGAAAGAUGAGACUCUCAGCGACGAUGAAAUUGGCUGAUCAGACUCUUGAAAACCGAUUUCUUUCAGAUUCUCCCACUUCUAGCGCACAUCCAACGCUUCGAAAAAAAAAGCAAAUUUUCGAAGUUCCCGAUGAUUUUGUGGAAGUUUGGAGUUGGGGAGACAAUUCGGCUGGACAGCUUGGGCAUGGGGAUUCGGUGAAUAGAAAAGAACCCUUUCCGAUCUCAACACUGACCGAAUAUCAUGUCGUGGAGAUCGCUUGUGGAGAGCAAUUCUCAAUGGCAUUGACGGCGAAUGGAGAGGUCCUAUCUUGGGGUGAAUCACUUCAGCCAAGCACUUCACUUACUUUCAACUCAACGCCACAAAUUUUGAAAAUUGGCUACGAUCAAAUCGCUUUGGGGAUUUGUGCUUUCAAAGAGCAAUCGGCGAUUCUCAUUUCGAGCACAAAUGGGCCAUCAUUCAUUUUGCAUUCCACAAAAGAUGCGGUGACGAGAAAUCGUUCGAUUCAGAAAUUGCCACCAUUUGUGAAGGAUCACAUUUGCGUAGAAACAAGCGUUUUGGAAUCGACUCUUGGGUUUAAAACGUUGAAAAGGAGUGCACAAGUUGAGGAAUGUUUCACCUUUUGGGCAGAAGCCGUGAAAUUGGGCCGUUUGCUAAGAGCGCUCGCGAAAAUGAGUCAACAUAUGCAUGAGAAUUCGCGAGCCUCGUGUGCCGAGGAUCAAAGUGCGAUUGUGGCCGAUCUCCUUCACAAAUUCUACCUCUCGACCGUUUGUGCGGCUGGAUCGAUUGCGGGGCUCUCGGCGUCACUCCGACAAUUGUUGAUCACGGGUGAAUCGCUCGAUUCGGUAGAGAUUUUGAAUAGAUGUGUGACGAGCGAUUUUACAAACGCACUUUUGCAUUAUUUCGAUGCUCUUUGUGACGCGGUGGCUUUUGGGUGUUUUGUUCGAAUUUCAGUAAGGAACGAGCUUUUGGUCAACGCUGAAAUGCAGUGCCUC